AUGGACAACGCAAUGAGAAGCUUCCAGUUGAGAAGGACAGUCACAGGAAUUGUUCCCACGUCAGACAGGCUGGGAAUCACUGCCGCUCAGUCUACUUCUCGCUUCGCGUCUUGGCGACAGUUAGAAGAACAGUGGAACCGAAUUCAGGUUGGUCGCCAGGGAUCGUACUCUGUUGAACGUCUCAUGUGUUUAGAGAAUUACUGCAAUACGACGUCGUGGACUCGAGUGGUUUUGAUCUGCGCACUCACUCCAAUCCCUGCUCUUUUGGUAGCCGUGCUGCUUGAAUGUCUCCCACUACGGCCACCGUCCGAGGGGUGGGUAGCAAACUGGGUGUUUUGGCUUCGUGUGUUGUUGACAAGUGUUCUGCUUGCCUUCGGUGGGUACUCUCAACUGGCAGCAUUUGUUCCGGAUUUGGAGUUUUCUGUUUCGGAGAUUAUCGGGUUUCCUGUGCCGCUUUUGAUGCAAUUUGGUGCUAUUCCAACCGGCUUUUUCGCGGUACUCUUGCUGCGGCUUGUCGUUGGAUCUGGCGUGUUUGUGGGUGGUUUUCCUGUCGUGGUUCGUAUGAAGAGAUUUCAUCGGUAUUUUCUUGCGUUAAUUGGUCUCUCUGGGUUGUAUCCUGUCUUCAAAGUGUUGUACGACAGCGUUCCUCUAGCAUAUCGAGGUGGAGUGAUUCUCGUUUUACCAGUCUGGAGAUUUGCAGCAAAGCACUUUAUCGUCUACGUUUCUCGUGACCUGGAAGACAUUAUACCAGAAUCUGUGGCGUUUCUGGUUGAUUUUUUCAGCCCGCUCUUCGUAUCAGUGUGUAUGUCAUCCUCAGGACCAUUCUACUUGUCUUUCCUGUUUAUUGCAGCAGAUCUAAGCCAAAUAUUAUUGGAGCUUCGUGAAUUGAGUGGCAAUGCGAAGGUGGUGUUGCAGCUCAUCGGGCCACAGCUACAGGAUCCUAUUCAUCCGCGAAGCUCCACACCAGAGCCGACAACAUUGCUGACGGUAAUUAUCGACGCGGUUGAAAAACCGGCAGUGUUUCAGGCGAAGUCGUUGGAAUCUGUGCGUCUCUGGGCAUGUCUGCCCCAUUAUCUUACAAUUAAACAAGUUGAACAGCUCGUCAAUCUGGAAGCCUCAGACGUAUAUUGUCGGCGGAAUCAAUUUUGUAGCAACAAGGCGAUGAGAUUUUCACAGCAGCCUGAACUCAAACACAGUGUGUCUACUUUACCGACCCCAAGAUUCAAACAAGUAAAACCCUCAUCGAAAAUUCAACCUACUAGCGAUUCGAUUCGCGAACAAGCAACCUUUCCAAACAAUCCCAUAUUACUGACAGAGAAUGCGAACGAGUUGGUCCUAGCGGGCUUAAAGCUGUUCUUUCACUGCGAAUACAUUGCAUUGGUUGAGUACGUUGAAUGCAUCACCCCAAUAAUUUACGUGGUGUACAAGUCGGUCCUGGAACAGUUGCCCAAUAUUGUCUACUAUCCUGGUGGUGCGGGUAAUUGGAACAACUGCAGCGAAUAUUUUGGUGCUAGCAACUACGGAAGUCGGCUCUCUCGUUUUCCUUCACCAUUUUCUGCAGCGCAAGUUUGCCUUUUCUUCAUUGCACCAGCUAGCGUUCGUAUUGGAAAACCAGGUUUAUCUUGUACAGGCGAAGCUAUUUGCUGGAAUCCUUCUUCUGAUACCGUUUCAGCUGAAGCAUUUUGGUACGUAUUUCUUAUGUUAGUGCUGGGUUAG